AUGUUACUACCAAUAAAAAUAGAAGCAUAAUUAGCAUAAUUCUUUAUUUAGAUAAAAUAAAAUUAUAUGUAAAUGAUAUUCUUAUCCCCAGACAAUAUUAGCAAAUAUAAUUAACUAAAAAUUGAUUUGAAUUAGUUGGAUAUUUAUGAUAAAGAUUAUGAUAUUACAAUAAAUUCAUUAAAGGAUUAGUUUUAAUAGCUAGGAAAAGAUAUCAAAGAAGAAAUUCUCUAGAAUUUUAUUAUUAUUAUAUAAGGAUAGCAAUUUUAGCUUUAAAAUUGUUAGAUCAAAUUUACACUAAAAACGAAAAAGAUUAAGAUUAAUUUAACGAGUAAAAGAAGAAGAGAAUUUUAAUAAGGAACAAUAAGAGAAUGA